AUGGAUAGAAAUUAUCCUGGCACAGGAUUCGGUGAUUUGGGCGCUGGUACGGGAUGGAGUUAUGAGAGAUCGGCGAAAGCAAGCCUGGUGUAUGGGAGCUCCAGGUCCUCCCAUCCAGACUCGGAGCUGCUCCAUCGCCAGGCUUAUGGCACACCCCACCCCCUGCAGGGCUAUGCAACCAAUCACCACCCAGGGAACUCUGGCCAGGGCGGAGCCUGGGGGGCAGCUGGGCGGAGUCUAGGUUUGUCGGGACUGUUUGAUGCUGGCCUGCACCAUGCUAGUCCCUCAGGCCCUGACCCGUCCGUCAUGAAUCUGAUUUCAGCACUUGAGUCCCGGGGUCCGCAACCUCCCCCCUCCGCCUCCUCCCUCCUUUCCCAGUUUCGCACCCCUUCUUGGCAGACUGCAAUGCACACACCAGCCCCAGCUGAGCUCUUCAUCUCGGGAGCCCUUCCGGGCUCAGGCUCCUUCCCUUCAUCGUCAGCCCUAUCUGCCUACCAGCAUCCUGCCUCCUUCUCUGGGCGUUCAUUUACUCCGUCACUUUCCCUCCAAGACACGCCCACCUUCAGCCCAACAUCCAAUGGCCUGCUCUCCCCUCAUGAUCCAUUAUUGCACAUCAAGACGCCCUCCCAGUCUAGCCUGGGCUUUGACCGAUUGCUCUCCUCACAGACUGCAGCCGCUGCCUACCGCAGCACGCAGGAGCCCACGGGCCCCCCUCAGCCCCAGGCCCAGACCACCUCCUCCAGUCGUCACCUGGGCCCGCCCCAGUUUAACCUCUUGUCCUCUCAACUCCAGGACCAGUCCUCUCAACUCUACAAUGCCUCCAUGUUCUCCUCUCCGCCACCCCCAGCCGCCCCUCAGCCCCAGCCCCCUCAGGAAAGGGCCAUUCCGCGGCAGGACAGUGUGAUAAAGCACUACCAACGCUCCUCUCCAGCCCAGUCACAGCUUUCUGCUUCAGCAGCACACCCCCUGCAGCACUACCUCAGCUGUGGGGGAGCGUCGGGCUACCAGCAGAUAUCUGCCACCCACCACCGGCAUGCAGGAGUGUCCUGUAGUCCCCUGAGUGACCAGAGCCCCUCCUCAGACCCAAAGCCCUCCCCCCGAACUGAGACGCAGGCAUAUCGACCAAUCAUUCAACCUCCCUAUAGCUCCUCCACCACUUCCUCUGCUCCCUCCUCCUCCGGCCCCAAGGGGUCCAAGAGUUCAAGCUCCAGUAGCGGCUACUCCUCUUCAGGCUCAGCAUCAUCCUCCUCCCGCGCGCCUCACACGCCUCCUUCAGCCUCCUCCACUUCCUCCUCCUCCUCCUCCACUUCAUCCUCUUCUAAUGCCAACGCUGCCACUGUCUCUUCAUCUGCACCCUCCCGGCAGCAGCCUCCUCCUCAGUCGGCACCUCCUCCCCCUCCUCCUCCACCCCCACCUGUGGUGUCUUCCACGCCUGUCCAACAGGCCCCGUCCAAGCCCUGCCUCUCCACGUACAGCUCUCCAGUCUCUGCUGUCAAGUCCAGCGGUGGUCUGCCGGGCCAGACACCUCCCCAACAGCAGCAAGCCCAGUCUUACUCCCCCAACCAACCUCCAUCCACACACAUGGCCCAACCUUAUGGAGGCUUCAACUCACCCCAGGCCCAGGACCUGAGCUCUGCAACAGGGGUUGCUGGGGGGAAGGGCUAUGCAGGUUUGGGGCCUAGUGGACGCUCCUUCUCGGCUGAAGUCUAUGGGGCAGACUCAAGCUUUGGCUCCCUGCCAGCUUCUCUUGGGGGAGCAGGUAGUCCCUCCUUGGGAUAUGCAAGUGCUGGAGGGUCGACGGGCAGUGGGGCUGGACCUGGAGCUGCUGCGACCAGCACUGGAGGUGUGUCUGCAGGAUCUGGAAGUGGAGCUGCUGGUGUUGGUAAUGGGGGCAGCAGUUCAUACCAUUUGUCUGUCUCCAGCCCCUCCCCCUCCAGCAACACCGCUAUAAUCCGACCAGGGCUGCAUUCCCCUGCCCCUGCCCGCCCUGUACAGUCCCCUGGAGGGGCAGGGGGCAACAAAUACCUCUCUUCUGUCCUAUCCCCUGCUUUUAUGUCCUCACCACAAGGUUAUCCUGACAGCCGGACAACCCAGAGCCAGUCCUACCACCCCACACACCCCAAGCCAAAAUCGGAGACCAACAUGCUUGGAGUUGAGCGCUCACAAGAUGAGGAGGAUGAUGAUGAUGAUGAUUUCCUGAUCCAGCAUUUAUUGCACUCCCAAAGUCCUGCUCCCCACCCAUCCCAACAUCACCCACAGCCGCCCCCACCGCAGCCACCCCAGCCUCUUUCGCAGGCCAGGGAUGGGGGGGCCAAGGGGCUGACCUAUGACAUGAAUAAAGUCUCCGAGGAGCGUUACCAUCUUCAAAGUGUCAUCCGCACCAACAGUGCCACCAGCAACACAGGUCCUGGAACGUCAGCUGCUGGGGCAGGUGGCGGCUUGGACAGUCAACUGGAAAUGUCACUGAAGAAACAGCAGCAAGUCAAGGCAGAGCGAGCCAUACCUGGUUCAGCAUCUGGAGGAGCAAGAGGGGGUGCGGAUUCUCUGUCACACACGAACCCCCACUCCCAUGCUGCCCACCCACACCAACAGCAGCAUGACUCCUUGAGCUCAGUGGUCCAUUAUGGGAGGGGAGACCCCUACUCGCACCCACACUCACAACACUCCCAUCACUCCUCACAUGUGUCUGCACAUCCCCAGCAACAUGCUCAGCACUCCCAACAACACUCUCAGCAGCAUUCCCAGCAACACUCUCAGCACUCCCAGCACACCCAGCACUCUCAACAUGGUCAUACCCAUUCCCACUCUCACAGCCACCCUCAAAUGGAGCUCAAGAAGGCUACAGAUGCAUCAGACAUGCCUUACCUGCGUAAGACACCUGAUUUGCAGCAGCAGGCUCGACAAAGCCAGGCCUCCCUCUCCCUGAUGGAUUCCCCACCAGAGCAGCCACAGAAGCCCCACAUGCUUCAGUCUGUCCUAUCCCAUACUACACGCACCAAGAUGGACACCCAGCAAGCCCCCUCACAGCAACAGCAGCAGCAGCAGCAGCAGCAGCAGCACCCUAUGAGCCAGCAGGCCAUGAUGGGUUCAGCCAGAGGCGCAGGGCCUGCCGGGGUAGACCCCCAUUCCCAGAACCAGUCCUCACAGCUGCAGCUCCAGCUCCAGUCUCAAGCAAUGGACACUCACUAUGGCCGUGGAGCCCAAUCCAGAGAACAGAACCAAAGCAGUCAGAACUCAGUGUCUCCAUUGGACAUGCUGGAGCGAUCCCUCUCACGGGCAAACAGCAGGGACAAUGGAGGGCCUUCGGAGAGAGGUGGCACGGUAGGGGUGGGGGUGGCUGUUGGAGGAGGGGAUGGGGGCAGUGGAGACAGACACAGACAGCAGCAGCAGCAGCAGCAGCAUAGACUUCCACCCCACCAUCAGUCACAUCAUCCUCCACAGACAGCCUCUGAACUCCAUGACUUCCUCUCUGAACCAGACUUGGGCUUAUCUGCCUCAUCACAUCUACACCACCUAAACCAGCCUCAAACACAUACACACCCCCAUGCGCACCACCAACAGCAAGCACACCCCCACCACCAGCUCUCUCACUCUCAUGUUUCCCACUCGCAUCCCCACCAGCUGGCAUCCAACUUGGGAACUCCCCAGCAGCAACAACAACAGCCCCAACCAAGGGAGCCAGAGUCCCAGCUCUCACACUCCCAACUGGACCAGCUCAAAGAGCACCAGUUUGACACUGUGAGCCCCACAGGCAAAGCCGGACAAAACCAAACUCAACAGCAGCAACAGCAGCAGCAGAGGUUUGUGCCAAUGACCUCCAUCUGCUUCCCAGACUCCUUGUUGCAAGAAGAAGACCGUUCUUUCUUUCCCGGGAUGGAGGACAUGUUCUGCUCUGACGAUUACAAGUCCAGCUGCACUGGUGAUGCUGGAACAGGGCAGACUAGCCAAGAAGAAAUUUCCCAGGCUCGUGGGCAGGGUCAAGAUAGCAUUGAGGCCUUGAAAGCUGGUGGAGGCAGAGGUGGUGGUUAUGAUAUGAUGGGUCACCAUGGUGAUCAAGGAUACGGGCAGUACUGUCACAGUCUUCAGGAAACGGGAAAUGGCAACAUGCACUUGGAUCUUGAAUCUUUGAAGACCCACGAGCUUCCCUCCACCGUGAACACAGAGCAGCUCGGUCUCAUUCAAUCCCAAACUUCUGGCCUGGGAAUGAGUGGCUCAGGAGUUCCAGCAGAUGGCUCUGUCAACAAAAUGAUGGGAAAUACCAGUGUAGGUGGAAACUCAGGCACUAGUGGUUUGACUUCCCCUAUCUUUUGCUCCUCCAGACCCAAGAAGCUCCUGAAGACCAGCUCUUUUCACUUGCUCAAACAGCGACGGGAACCACAACCACAGACAAAGAAAAACUAUGCGCAGGAGUAUGAGUUUGAGGAUGACGAAGACAAGGCUGAUGUCCCGGCUGAUAUUCGCCUCAACAGUCGCCGCCUUCCUGACCUGCUGCCUGACUUGGUGUCUAGUUGCAGGAAGGCUGGGGGGGCACCAGGGGUUAGCGGCCUCAGCCCAAUGAUGGGCGACAUGGACUUCUGUCACUCUUCGGGUUACCCCUCCCUCGGACAACCACCACAGCUCCUUCCCCACGAUGGUCCCAAGAAGAGGGGUCGGAAACCAACUAAACCAAAACGGGAGGGUCCACCCCGUCCACGGGGUCGACCCCGAAUACGUCCUCUCCCAGAACCCCCCUACUGCAGGGGGCUGAUGGGCUCAGUGGGAGGAGAAAGCCGGAGAGGCCGUGGUCGAGGUCGAGGGCGAGGCAGGAGAGAAGAAGGGAUGGUGGAGAUGCAUCAAGACAUGAAUAAACUGCAGAACCUCCCGUAUCAUCAACAACAGCUUUCGCAGCAGCACUUCCAACAACAGCAGCACCCACACCAACACCACCAACAACAGCCACACCACCUCCAACCACUGCCACAACAACAACCACCACAACAGCAGCACCAUCAUCCACAUCACCAACAUCAACAGCAGCAUGUUCCCUAUCCUCACCAUCAGCAUCAGCAACAACAACAGCCUCCAUCCCAGCAGCAUCAGGAGCCUAUCAGGCCAAUUAAGAUCAAGCUGCCCAUCCCCUCCUUGCCUCCAUCAGACUCCUUGCUUAGGACCGAUUCCCUGUCCAGUACUGAGCCGGUCCUGUCGGAUGGCUCAGUGGGUUCAGCCCCAUCCCUCGGUCUGAGUCCAGGCCCUACCCCUGGAAUGGACAUGAAUAGAAAUGACCUGAACCAGGCCCAAGAGAAAAUGAUGAACCAGCAGCAGAAACCUCAGGAGAUGACUUGGGAGAGAGACAUUGACGAACAACUGAAUCCAGAAGCCUGGGCUGCUAUGCAGAAACUCUCCAGUUCUGCAGAUGACAAGACUCAGGAGCUGAAACCUGGCUUCAUGGCCUCUUUCCUGGACUUCCUCAAGACAGGUAAGAAAGAGUCAGGCCUCGAGACGGAUGCUGAGGGAGGGGAGGAUGAAGCCGUUGAGCCGUGCUCCUCUCUCAAGGGUGGGAUUAGGCCGUUGUCCCCACCACCCCCACCUCCACCUCCUCCCCCACCCCCGCCUCCGCCCCAGCAGUCCAGUACAGCGACCGGCGCCUUCGGCGAGGAGGGGGAGAAUGAAUCGGGAAGCCUGGGGCUCAGCAACUGCCCGAGCCCCUGCAAGCGGCUGGACGAGGAGCUGAAGAGGAACCUGGAGACACUGCCGUCCUUCUCCUCUGACGAGGAGGACUCAGUCAGCAAGAACCAGGACCUGCAGAAGAGUAUCUCCUCAGCCAUCUCCGCCCUCUACGACACACCACACUCGCUGGCCGCUGCCGUUGCUGCCGCUGUGGCCCAAGCCCCACCCACACCGUCGCCGCCCCUUAGCCCACCCCUCUUGCCAACACCUCCUCUUGUCCCGACCAACAGGAAUGAGGAGGAUGCAGAGGAGGAGGCUCGUGGUUAUAUACACCAUCACACGCGAGUGGAGGAACAACCAACAGAUGGGAGCUCCCUGCAGUCAGACAAAGAAUUGGGAGAGGAGAGGGGGGAGGAGGAGCAGGGAGGAGAGGAGGAGAGAGGCGGGGAGGAGGGGGAGGCUGAGAAUGAAGAAAGUAUGAGAGGGGAGGACAAUCUACAGCAGAGAGUCCUGGAGGAGGAGGAAGAAGAAGAGGGGAGAGGAAUAUCUGAUUUCCAGAUGUUAGAAGUUCCCAAAGUUGAAGAUUCACCAUCGGGACUGCCCCUUGCCCUGGCACCUCCUUCCCUGUCACCAUCCCUCUCCCCCUCAUCACCCAGCUCCUCCUCUCCCUCUCCACUGCCUCCCCCACCCCUCUCUGUGCCCUCACCACCCUCUCUCCGACAGAACGAGGCCAAAGAGCAUCUGGAGUCCCCGCCCCGGCAGCAGACCUCCUAUCACCCACCGGCCACCACGGCCACCCCAUCUGCAACCUCUCCACCCCCCUCAACUUCCCCUCCAGCCCUGCCCUCCUCACCCCUCUCCACCCUACCAGCGGCAGCGUCAGUGCCCCCUCCAUCCACCACUCCUCCUCCAUCCUCCUCAGAUCAGGACCAGGACCAUGAGGCCGGGCAGCCCUCCCCUUCCUCCCCUUCUUCCUCAUCCUCCUCUUCACCCUCAUCCUCACCACCACCAUCGCCCCCCACCCCAGAGGAGACCACAGCAUCCCAGCGGCUCACCUCCCUGCACCUGGCUAAAAAGCAGGCAGAUGCUGCAAUCGCUGGCGAGAGUGAAGAGGAAGAUAGUGAGAGUGGAGGGGAGGGCAUCUUCCGCGAGCGUGAUGAGUUUGUGGUACGAACCGAAGACAUCGGAACGCUUAAGAUGGCUUUGCAGACUGGCCGGGAGCCCCCACCAAUAUGGAGAGUGCAGAAAGCCUUGCUACAGAAAUUCAGCCCAGAGAUCAAAGACGGGCAGAGGCAGUUUUGUGCCACCAGCAAUUAUCUGGGCUACUUUGGUGAUGCCAAAAUGCGAUACCAGCGUUUGUAUGUGAAGUUCUUGGAGAACGUCAACAAAAAGGAUUACGUCCGAGUGUGCUCACGAAAGCCCUGGCAUAGACCAGGCCUUACUCUGAGGCGCCAAUCACUCCCUAAGCCACCGCCGCCCUCGCUCAAUCAAACGCCGCCGCGAGUGGAACGGGACGAGAGGGAGAAGGAGAGACAGAGGGAGAGAGAGCAGAGAGAACGAGAGAGAGAACAGAAGGAGAGGGAGCAGAAGGAGAGAGAGGAGAGGGAGCAGAAGGAGAGAGAGCAGAGAGAGAAGGAGAAGGAGAGACAGGAGAGGGAGAGACAAGAGAAAGAGAGACAGGAGAGAGAACGGAGGGAGAAAGAGGAGAAAGAGCAAAGGGAAAAGGAGAAGGAGCGCAGAGAGAGGGAGAAGGAAAAGGAGAGGGAGCAGAAAGAGAGAGAGCGGAGGGAGAGGGAGAGAGAGCAGAAGGAGAGAGAACGGAGGGAGAAGGAGAGGAGGGAAAGGGAGCAGAAGGAGAAGGAGCAAAAGGAGAGGGAGAGGAGGGAGAAGGAGAAACAGGAGAGAGAGCAGAAAGAGAGGGAGCAGAGGGAGAAAGAGCGGCGGGAGAAAGAGCGACAGGAGAAGGAGCAGAAGGAGAGAGAGAAACAAGAGCGGGAGCAGAAGGAGAAGGAGAGGAAGGAGAAGGAGAGACAGGAGCGAGAGCGGCGAGAGAGAGAGAAGGAGCGAGAGCGGCGGGAGAAGGAGCAGAGAGAGAGAGAGAAACAGGAGACUGUGAAGGAAAAGGCAGAGCCUCCACCCAAGAAGAGGAAGAAGUGGCUCAAGGAGGUGCCCUCCUCUUCUGACUCUGACUCCUCUCCUGACCUACCAAGUGAGGACGAAGGUCCUGUGCGAGGUGGGGUCAACAGUCGGGCCAUGAGGGAGAUGUUCAGGAGCUAUGUGGAGAUGUUGGUCAGCACGGCGCUGGACCCUGACAUGAUCCAAGCACUGGAGGACACUGACGAUGAGUUAUACCUGCCGCCCAUGAGAAAGAUUGACAGCUUGCUAAAUGAUCAGAAGCGGAGACUGUUGAGGAGGGUCAACAUGAAUGCCCAGCACCAGGAGGCUCUACAUAUAUUCCCCAAAAUGACAGCAGACCCCCUGGAUUCUGGAGCAGUCAAAGUGCACCUCGGCGGUGAGGGUUACAAUCGCAAAACCCUAAACCGGGUCAAGAGGAGCAUGCCCAAGCAGCAGGAUCUCAAGCUCUCCACGGAAACAUGCCGGAUCUACAGUCUUUAUCAUUCCCUUCACCACUACAAAUAUCACACCUUCCUUCAUUGUAAGAAGGAGACGGACAGCAUUGAGCAGGCAGCUGAGGACCCUGGCCAGGAGGAGGUGGUGCAGCAGUGCAUGGCCAACCAAGGCUGGCUGGAAAACCUCUUCAAUUCCUUUAUGGAGCUGCUCACCCUCAGCGCCAAGGCCUGA